AUGGAAAUGCAGGAAGGGAAAAUGGAGAAAGAUUUCCUGUUUCAAUGGGGAAACAGAAAGAAGCUAAGAUGUCCCAACAAACUAAAAAAACAGCACCACUUUGGCAACACUACCAGCAGCAGCGGAGGCGGCGGCACUUCCACGACGCCACAAUCUUUACCUUUGCCCAACAAGAAAAUAUUCUCUUCGCCUGUUGUCAAUCAUCUCAAAAUAAAUUCGGAUUUAGGAACGAAUAAACCAAGAGCGGCAUUGACAUCACUGGAGAAGGAAGAUAGGUACUAUGCAACAAGGGGAUCAGGUUCCUUGAUGUUGGAUGAUAAUCACAAUAAUAACACAAAGGCUUUGAUGGAUCAACAAUUUGUGAGCCCAGGGACAUGGCUAUCAGACAUGUAUCGGGAGAGGUAUCAAGUGAGGGAGAAGAAAACUUCAAAGAAUGUAUGA